CACUAGGGAUAGUUAUGAUCCCCACCUAGAACAGGCUGUUCUUUGGCACGAAGGCUGGAUAGGGUAGGCGUGGGCAGGCUUCUGACCCACCUGUAGGCACACUUAGAACAGGUAUUUGGAGUCACAAGAUGGCACCAGCUGGACCCAGUAGGUUGGCUGGGACUCAAGAGACCCUGCCUGAUGAGUGUUUAGGGUCUAAGAGGGUCAGCCCUGCCCUGUUUCCACACCCACCUGUCUGCCAUAGUCCUCAGGGCACCGGCCGCGUAGGCUGUGAAGAAACAGGUUUCUGAGCAAGCUUCACCAGUAGCCACACCUCGGGCAAGCUGUGCCCCUCUGAGCCUGGUGGCUGUUGGGAUGGGCCCUUGGUGGGCUCUGUGGCUGAUACUUACCCUGCCCCAAAUCCUGGAGGGUCAGAAGCCAACCAUGCCUCCAGGCCUACCCCAGAUGACAAGCUUCCAAAGUAACCAGUUUCAGGGGGAGUGGUUUGUCCUCGGUCUGGCAGACAACGCCUUCAAGAAAGAGCACCGGGCCUUGCUGAGUUUCUUCAUCACAUUGUUUAAGUUGAAAGGCAACAGUGAGUUUCAGGUGACCAACUCCAUGACUCGGGGCAAGCGCUGCAACACUUGGUCCUACACCCUGACCCCAACAGCCAAGCCUGGGCAAUUCACCAGGGACAACAGAGGGUCAGAGCCUGGGGCGUACAAAGAGAGCAUACAGGUCGUAGACACAGACUACGUCAACUUCGCCCUGGUGCUGUCCCUCAGACAGACAAGCAGCCAGAGCAUCACAAGGGUCAGCCUUCUGGGUAGACACUGGAGGCUUCCUCAUAAGACAAUAGACAUGUUCAUCUGCCUGACCAGGACCCUAAACUUCACAAAGGAUAACUUCCUCUUCCCUGAUCUGUCUGGUAAUGGGUUUGCAUGCACUGGGUGAUGAGGUCUGCAGACCCUGGACAAUAUUGGACCUCCCUCAGCCUUCACAAGUCCCAUAGCUCUCUCCAGGCAGGCACUGCAGAUCCUUAGGGGAUAUGUGUGGAGCCCUGCAGUCCAGACAGCCUGAACCAAGUGCUUGUUCACAGAGUUCAGCCUGAGACAGAAGGGAGGUGCUCACGGCUCAUGGUCCUAUCUGAGUCCUAGGCCAUUUUGUUCCAGUCCUGUGUCCCUGUCACAAGCUGCCCCCUCAUCACACAGAUUCCCCUGUGCUGGGACUGUCCUUUCCACUCUG